AUGUCGAAGCGGCGCAGGUCCGACGACGAGGGCGGCCCAAGGUCCAGGCGGUCACACGGCCGGCGGCAUCAUCUGUACAUCGUGGUGGACGACUGGACCAAGGGCUACAGCAUAUACAAGGUGGACGUCGCCGACUUCGACGGCGAAUCUGGCACCGACUUGGACUCGCAGGCGAGCCGCCUCCCCGGACCGCCGGUCUUUCUCCUGGAGUUCCCCCACGACUGUUCCUCGCGCUUCGCCGCCAUCGGCGGCAGAAUCGUUGCCAUGCGCUACAACGACGGGGAGAACGCCGCCCCCGUCCUCCUGUACGACACGGCAACGGGAGGCCUCGCCCUUGGCCCGCGCACCCCCGUACAAGUACGGUACGUCUCCCAGCUCGUGCCCGCCGGCGGCAGGCUGUACGUCAUGGGCGCUAGCGGGCUGUACAAGGGCGAGGAUUACCUUGAGGUGCUCGCCGCCGACGAGAAAUGGGGCUGGGCCUGGAACGCCGUGCCCAUGCCGCCGUUCACCAUCAGCCAACUCACAUGCCACGCCGCGCACCCGGACGGCCGCACGGUAUUCUUCUCCGCCUCCCAUGACGGCACCUACUCGUUGGACACCGAGACUUCCGAGUGGAAGCGCCACGGCGACUGGAUGCUGCCUUUCCAAAGGCAGGCCUACUACGACGGCGAGGUGGAUGCAUGGGUGGGUCUCCACCGAGACUCCGCCGACCCAGGUGUCGUAUGCUCCUGUGACGUCGUGUCCGCCGGUGACGACGACGAAGGACUGCCGCCCCCGGCAUGGAAGCUCGCCAAGGAGAAGAUGGUGUGCGAGGACAUGGAGAGGACCAAGACCGCUCACGCGCAUGGGCCGCGGCAGGUUCUGCCUCGUCGAGCAUCGGUCGCGGAAAGGCGUGCCCUCGGACGUCCUUGA